UGGACUUUCUUCUUUCUGGAGAAUGGACUGAAAUAUUCAUUUUCAUUUUUUUUUCCAGAAAGGACACAUACUGUCCUUCUUUAAGGAAAUAACAGUAAUUAUGAGAAUAUAACACUAGGGAUGUGAUAAAGAGAUAUACACCCUAUUUUUUUAAAGAUUCUGGUAAAAUCAGCAAUAAUCUUUGUGUAAAGUCAUUAUUCUCACAAAUGAUCAUGAAUCACAAUGCUGUAAGAUGACUGGUGGUCAAGGUGGGGUUAAGAGAUUGUAAUUCUACUGAACAUACAUCUGUGUGGGCUGUCUUUAAAAAGUAACUCUGUUGGAUGUAAUUCUGCAUGGAUGGUCAGUGUGCCUCGUCUGGACUGCAGAUAUGAGGGGAUAAUCCCCAACACCAAAGCUAACAGGGUGAGAGGGGACAAGGAACGACCACACCUCGGUCCACACACCCAAACCACACAGCAGACAGACAGACAGACAGAAGGACAGGCAGUCUGAUGCCAACGGUCUCCUCUGUGAAACACACGGGACGACUCCUCCUGCUGUUGCUAUGGGCAACCCACCUCUCCAUGGCGACCAACUGGCUUUCUCUGGCCCGGCUGCCACGUUCUCGUCCGAUAUCGGGCGAUGGGCCAUGUGGGCGUCUGAGGGGACUUUCAGCUGGACAGGUGGGGGUGUGCCGGGCACGGGGGGAGGUCAUGGAGUCCGUGAGGAAAGCUGCAGAGAUGGUCAUUGAGGAGUGUCAGCACCAGUUCAGGAACCGUCGCUGGAACUGUUCCACCACACCUCGUGGCAUUAAUAUGUUUGGCCGGGUGAUGAACCAAGGAACACGGGAGGCAGCUUUCGUCCAUGCUCUGUCUUCUGCGGCGGUAGCAGUGGCAGUAACAAGGGGCUGCAGCCGGGGGGAACUGGAGAGGUGUGGCUGUGACCGGAAAGUUAGAGGGGUUAGUCCAGAAGGGUUCCAGUGGUCUGGCUGUUCAGAUAACCUGUCCUACGGUGUGGCGUUCUCGCAGACAUUCGUGGAUGAGCCGGAGCGGGCGAAAGGCACGUCAUCAGGCCGACCACUGAUGAACAUCCACAAUAACGAAGCAGGGCGCAAAGCCAUCCUCCACAACAUGCAGGUAGAGUGCAAGUGUCACGGUGUGUCCGGCUCCUGUGAGCUCAGGACCUGCUGGAAGGUCAUGCCCCCAUUUCGACGGGUUGGUGCUGUGCUGAAGGAGCGCUUCGAUGGAGCCACAGAGGUGCGUCUGUCACGGGUGGGCUCUCGCACAGCUCUGCUGCCAAAGGACCCCCAGGUGAAGCCACCAGCUGCGCGUGAUCUUGUGUACUUAGCCGCCUCACCAGAUUUCUGCCGCCUAGACCCUGAAAACGGCAUCCCGGGGACAGCUGGCCGCCGCUGCAAUGGUACAUCGCGGCUGGCGCCGGAUGGUUGUGAGCUGGUGUGCUGUGGGCCAGGUUUCCGGGCUGGAAGAGCCGAGGUGAUCCAGCGCUGCUCCUGCAAGUUUUCCUGGUGCUGCUCAGUCCGGUGCCAACAGUGCAAAAACACUGUGCUCAUUCACACCUGCAAAGAGUGACCUAUACAAUUAAGCCUGCCUUAACUUUUCAUGGUGAACAGAUCCUUCCUCCAGAACCCAACAUCAGUAUCCGACUUUUCCUACUCUCCUACAAUUUACUAACACUAGGCAGAGCACAGGAGAGGCGCAUAAUAUGAUCCCUACACUUUCUAUUUAUGCUGUUCUCAUGUUUGUGGUUCUGGUACCUGUGCACAGGCUCAUAAACAACAAAAAGUCCAGUUCUGCUUACAGUAAACUCUCCAACUGAUCCACCCGCACCCGCACAUGCACACAAAGCUAACUUGAUCAGACAAAGCUUUAAGGCGGAAUUUAACCUUGGAAUAACUUUCUUUAUGGAGAUUUAGUACAUAGUUUUACCAGUUUAGACUAGUGCACUUUGCAUAUAAGUAUUUAUAAUUCCAUAUCACUGUUACUGAUUGCCUCUCUCCUCUCUUAUUUAUUUGAAUUCCUAUUCUGCUUGUGUGUGAAUCUACAUUUCUGAUCAAUCUGUGUUGUACCAACAUGUCCUGCUGCACACAAGUUGAGUCAUUCUAUUCUUGCUGCUAUAUUCUCUGACUGUCUGGUAAAAAUAAACUGGUUUACACACCAAAUG